GCACAUUUGCACAGUCUUGAAUCAUUUAUAAUUAAUAUUCACUUUAUAACCAAUUAGGUCUCCACCUCGCGUAAAAGUAAAUAGCGUCCGCCAUGUUGUGUUAUAUUUGACAGCUACGUUACGUACCUGAAGUGUCAAAAAUCUGUCUGACACUGUUUUUUCAUUUAAUUUUCGAUUAUCUAUGACGAUUCGCCAACGUUGUCCAGUUGUUUACCAAAGGGAUCAGAUAUUUUUGGAAUAAUCCACAUACUGGUGAAUUAUAUGGAGAUAAAGGUUGUUGAAUUAUGUCACUUUCAAGUAAGGAGUUUGUUUUUUAAUCUCCUCGUUAUAAGCUAAAGGAAAUUUGUACUGUCUAGUAUGUAUUUACAGGUAAACCUAGUUGUUAUAUUAUGUUGGCCAGCAUUUGAGAAACCUAAUCUGUCUUUUGAAAGAUGAAAUCGAUAGGGAAAUUCAUUAAUAAUUUCCAGAAGACUGAUUUUUUCAUUAUCAUUAAGGUGUUUUAGAUCUAACUCUUUCAAUAUUUCAGUGAAUCUUUGAGCACAAUCUUGCUCUUUAUCCUUUUUGAAUUGAUCGAGAAUCAGAUGGAUGGGAAUGAAAUUCUUCGAGUUUAAUUGAAGGAAUACAACAUGAUUAAUAGUACUAUUAAUAACAAAUAAUUUUACUUAAAUAUUUUGUUUAGUACAGAAAAGUGCUAAUAAAAUUCCAGGACCAACAUUUAUUCGCUAAACAUAUCCUGCUUCUGUGGAACUAUCAGUGGGAACUAUAAUUAAAGUUUUAGUUCAAGGAGGCAAAUCAUGUAAUGGAUAUAUACAAGCAAAAGGAAAAUUAUUUUUCUCAAUAUUAAAACUAAUGGGAACAUUAACAUAAACUAAGAUUUAAUUGAUAAUGAGUGUCAACAAUAUGGAAACUGAUGUGAGAUAAAGAAAUUACAGGGGAUCGUUUUAUUUUAUUUAAAUCGAACUACAACAGAUUUGGAAGAUUUGGUGCAUACAAUAUUUCGGUCAGCAUUGCACCUGUUCACAGGAUUCAUUGUGGAUUGGAUGCGGAAUAAAUUGGUUAGGAUGCUUGCGAAAACUAAGGGGAGGUAGACAAAUCUUAGACAAAAAACUAAUCUUAGAGUGUACGGACGACGACACCGUGAUCUAGAGAUUUCGUGGUCUAAGGUAUAAGCAGAUGUCGUUUGCCUCAACCAAGCAGUACAUGUACCUACUCAGCACUCAGAGCAGUCGAGCGAUUCUAUAGAAGUUAUGUACGAACAGUUGCGCGAGAAAUCUCGUCCUACGUACAUGCGCGCGCCGUUCGUUCAAUUCCUCUGAAAUUUACGAACACUCUCAGCAUUCGAAGAUGCAGCGUUCCGCCCAACAAGCGAACGGCGAUGGCGUUCUCACCUCGCCGCGAAAAAAACAGCGUCUGUCGAAUGCCACGGCAAAAGUUACUGUCGUCCUCGGGGCGCAAUGGGGCGACGAGGGUAAAGGCAAGGUCGUUGAUAUGCUUGCAAUGGAUGCUGACGUCGUCUGCAGGUGUCAGGGAGGAAGCAAUGCUGGUCACACUGUCGUAGUAGAUGGUUCGGAAUUCCACUUCCACCUUUUGCCCAGUGGGAUAAUCAAUGCUGAGUGUACGUCACUCAUAGGAAAUGGAGUAGUUAUACAUCUCCCAGGGCUCUUCGAAGAAUUAGAAAGCAACGAAGAAAAAGGCUUAAAAAAUUGGCAAGAAAGAUUAGUGAUUUCCGAUCGUGCGCACAUAGUAUUUGAUUUUCACCAGCAAGUCGAUGGCCUCCAAGAAUUGGAAAAAGGUACGCAAUCACUUGGCACUACUAAGAAAGGAAUUGGACCCACGUACUCGAGCAAAGCGGCCAGAAAUGGACUUAGAAUUGGCGAUCUUCUUGGAAACUUUGAUAAGUUCUCGCAAAAAUUCGAAUCGCUGGUGUCGUCGUAUCAAAAAAUGUUCCCCGCGCUACAAGUUGAUGUGAAAGCAGAACUCCAACGGUACAAAGAAUAUGCCGAAAGAAUACGACCGUUGGUAAAAGAAACUGUACAGUAUUUACACCAAGCAUUACGUGAAGGAAAGAAGGUUAUAGUGGAAGGAGCAAAUGCUGCAAUGCUGGACAUAGAUUUUGGAACAUAUCCAUAUGUUACUAGCUCCAAUUGCAGUAUAGGUGGUGUUUGCACUGGUCUUGGACUUCCACCAUCUUACAUUGGAGAUGUUGUUGGGGUUGUUAAAGCAUAUACUACAAGAGUAGGUGAUGGACCAUUUCCCACUGAACUUCUGGAUGCAACAGGCGAUCUUUUGCAAAGGAGAGGUCACGAAUUUGGCGUGACCACAAACAGAAAGAGACGAUGUGGUUGGUUAGACCUAAUGCUCCUCAAAUUCACAGCAAUGGUGAAUGGAUAUACGUCAAUAUGUUUGACGAAAUUAGAUAUUCUAGAUACUCUUCCAAAAAUUCAAAUUGGUGUAGGAUAUCGGUUAAAUGGGAAAGAUAUCGACUAUUUUCCAAGUAGUACUUCUGAUUUAGCAAAGGUAGAAAUAAUUUAUGAAAGCAUCGAUGGCUGGCAGUCGACGACAGAAGGUGUACGUUCACUAGAAAAAUUGCCACUGAAUGCUAGAAAAUACAUACAAUUAAUAGAAGAACAUCUUGGUAUACCAGUUAAAUGGAUAGGCGUGGGAGCAAGUCGAGAUAGUGUUAUCACACUUUGACGUUACCCUUUUCGACUACAACAAUGGAAAUGUGUUUGUCCGUUUAUUCAGUUCGCUACAGGUUUGGCGAUAAAUUUGAUUUGUUAAACGAGUUAACGAAACAAGCGCACAGGGCUAUAUGACAAAGAGAAUCAUAGCAUUAAGCUUUCGAGUUAUAGUAGUAUUCAAUGAUUGAAAAAUAUGUCUCAGCCUCAUUUUUUGAGCUGCUCCUUAUUGGAUAAUUCAUGGAAAUCAUGUUAUCCUCUGUUUGAAUGUAAAAUAAGAUAUGUUAAUUAAAAUAUAUUUAUUUGAAACUUCUUUGACGAAUUACCUAAUCUUUAUUAUUGUCUUUAAGCCAAUAAAAAAUGUUCUCGCACAA